AUGAAUGAGGCCGGUACCUUUUCAAGCGACUAUACAUGUCCUGAUAUAAAACAUGACGAGAAACCGUUAGACGAUGAAAUCAAAAUCCCAGAACCCCCAUUCACAAUCGUGACAGGCGCAAGUUCGAAUCACUUUUGUGCAGUCCACGCAUGGAUCUAUCGCACAUACACUGCUAUUAGCCUCGCCUUUCCCAUAAAUGCUGCACGUCCGAGAGUCAUCAUCUACAAUUUGGGCUUGUCUCCAUGGCACAUCUCUAUACUUACUUCACUCCAAUCGUCUGGACUCAUUACUGAAUUACGCACAUUUAACUUUACAAAAUAUCCUGCAUUCUGGGACCUAACCGUUGCCCGUGGACAGUAUGCAUGGAAACCGGGUAUCGUAGAGGAAAUAGCUCGAGAUUUUCCCGGAAAAAUAUUAUGGUUAGAUGCCGGAACUUAUGUUAGGACAUCUAUGUUGCAAAAUUUCGAAAAGCUGCUAGAAAAAAAUAAUGGUUUCAUGUCUCCGCGUUCUGGUGGCAGCUUCUUUCACUGGACUCACCCCGGACUAUUCGAAUAUUUUGAUGUUCCAGUACCAAAAGAAUUUGAAAACAUCAGUAAUUGUAACGGAGCGGCCUUCGCAUUUGAUACCAGAACGGCCGAUAAACUUUUAACAGACUUUGUUGACUGUGCUUACCAUAAGGACUGCAUAGCACCCCCCGGAUCUAGCCGAAAAAACCAUCGCCAAGAUCAAGCAGCUUUAACGUACAUUGCUGCACGAGAAGGAUAUUACUGUAGCGGAUCUGUAUACAAAUUUGGCGUUAUUACUCACAUGGAUGGCGACUGCGCACAAACCAUAGUUGAGUUUGAGGCUCUGAAUUUUGCUCCCUGGCAGGUUACUGACGAGGAAAGAGCAAUGAUAAGAAGUUUUAAAAAGCACAUGAAAAAGAAAGAUAAGUGGUGGCAGAAUUUGUGGGAAGAGACUCGUAACUUUAAUAUAUCAUAUGUAGUUGGGUGA